AUGGUGGAAACUUCUUCUUACGGCCAAGGCACUUUGCGCUAUUUCUUUUUCCAUGGAAAUCACGGCGAUGUUCCCCUUCCGCGCCAUCUGACCGUCGAGGCCAACGUUGUUGUCUUCAAUGGGAAAGGCGAAAUUUUAUUUGGUCAAAACUUCGAUAAAGGACCAUCGUGUUACGAAUUUCAGGGUGGGUUCUGCAGAAACGCAGAUGGCCAAGUCGAGGAUCCUUUACCGGCAAAGUCUUUCGUGGAAAAGAUCAUGAAAAAUAUUUCAGUGCCGUCGCUUAUCCUAGCGGAAGUUCCAAAAGCUAUUCUUGUUCUUGGAAGAAGUGAUAUUCGUCCUUGCACUGCUGGCGAUAGAGAGUACCUCUCUGUUAUGAUGAAGACAUUCGUCCCUCGAAUGUUACGCGUGAUGGCUCCGACAGCUAGUGAAUACCUCCCAGGUGAUGCUCAUAAUGUGUGCGUUGGGGUUGCCGAUCGUAUGGAAAUGCUCGAAGAUGAUCCUGACUACCAUACAUUCAUUGCGAUGUAUCGCGGCCGCUAUGUCCAGAAGCCAUUGCCGCGAAGAGCAGUGGUAGAGUUAUGCCUGCUGCAUGUCCUAAAAAUGCCAUUUGAGUUGAAUACCUCAAUCAAGAGUUCACUGAUUCGCUAUUGA